GAUUCUUCAUUCUUUGUGUAUUUUCUUUUCAUUCUUGGCUUUAAUUUUCCUUAGCAAAUCAGAGGAGGUAUGGUGUUAAUUAGCUAUUGUUCUUGUGAUUGGCAGGACUCCUCGCUCUUUAAUUGCUGGAUUGAUGUGGAUUGGUUUGAAGGAUGGAAGGACAUGACCCUGGAAACAAGUUUCUUGAAAGCUAAAGGGGGUGGCAGUGCCCAUGGAGGUGAUUGGGCAGUAAGGAUUGAUGUGCAGAGUGAGAAGUGGAAUGAUGAAUUACAGAAAAAUGCCUACCUUGUUCUCUAUUUGGCUGAUGAAGAUGGAAGUGUUAUAAGUUUAAGCCAACAUACCUUACCCAUUCAUGAGAGUUCUCUGCUAGCUUCAGUGCAGUAUACCGUAUACGUAGUUGAUAGCCGGAAAUCGGCCAGCGGUGGUAGACGAAGUGGUCAGGCGAGAAUCAGGUCCUCCGUAGAUUCAAAUGAAGACGAUUCUCUUGGCAAAAUUACACCCAAAUCAAAGUGCCGUCGAGAGGAGUGAAGACGAUGGCAGUGCACUUGGAAUUCUUGAAUUUGUGUAAGGGUUUCAGCGUUUUAGUAUUCCAAAUCAUCUUCUUCGCAGUCAACAUCCGUGAAUCCCUUUUGAGAAGCUCGGACACUUACUAGGUAAAGCAGGUCCCCUUUUUGAAAUUGAGAUUCUGAUUGGGAAGAGCUGAAGAUUUUUUCAGUGUCACUUGUGAUGCUACCCAUUCUCAUGGCAACACUCCCAUCCAUCCUAAAUGCUCCAUAGAAAAUUCUGCACAUGACAAAGCUACUGUUGUGGAUGAUGAAACUUCCGCAAAUGACAUGAAAAAUCAACUAAUUGAGCUCUUUUGUAAUAGAUUCAAUGGUACUGCCAUUGUGAAUGGUGAUGAACAAUUUAGAAGUUCAACCAGAAGACAAACCAGCAAACCUUUCGCAACCUGAAAGAGAAAUCAAAACAGUCAGCUGCUGCCUUCUUAGUUUGGUGCAAAGCCUGGGCUUUGAUGAGAGAAAGAAGAGACUAAACCCAGCCAAAUUGGUCGAUGGUAAACCAAAUGUUUAUACUGUAUAAAUCCUUCUAGAAGUU